CAAUAAGAAUGUGGUAAUGGAGUGCUAGUCUGCUAGCUAGUUAGCUUUAUUAAUAAACAACAUUCACAUUUCACAGCAAUUGGAAGCACAGAAAGAAUUUUGAUAGAGAGCCAUGGCAGACACUUUUCUUCGCCUGCUAGUAGUUCUAUUGUGUUUUUCUCACCUUAUCUGCAAUAUCAAUGCUGUCCCAAUUUCAAGAAUCAGAAGUCUAGAUCAUCAAUAUCAAGGUCAUCAACUUUCAGAGAACACCCGCUUGGAGAAGUCCAAGGAAAGAUGGGAGGUACAUCCUGUGAUUAGAAGGAUGGCUGUGGAGCUCAACGAUUAUCCAGGGCCUGGGGCUAAUAACCACCACACCCCGAAGCCCGAACCGGGGAAAGGCUGUCCAGAUUGUUAGUUUUCUUAGGUAGUAUAUAUAUGUCACUAUAUUUUGUCUUCCUCGAGAUGCUGAAUUCAAGGGAAUAGUCGGUGUAAGUCUGAACAUCGUACAACGAAAAAAUAUAUAUCAUGUAUUGUUUUUAGAAUAGAUGUAACUUUAUUUUUCUCCUUAUGAUCGUAUAUGUAAGAUGUUACUCAUUUAGUGAUGUAGAAAUUAGGAGAUAUAUAUCAAGAAUUCAUAAGAGAUAUGUGCAGGUUUUGACAGUGAUAUCAGGAUGUAUCAUGUAUGGAAGGUGUAAACAAGAGAUUGGAGUGGGUUUCUGAAUGUGAUACCUGGCCUUCGACUCCAUUCAGAUGAUUUCAGGCCCUAGAAAUUUUAAGUUCUUUUGUUUAUUUGAUACCACAGCCUUGGCGCAGUAACAAAGUUGCUGCGUGUAUAUGACCCUCCCUAGAC